UACAAAAAUUUCAAAAUGGCCGGCUGCAACGUGAAGUUAAAAGGCAAUAGUGUAAACUUAAUCGUGGAAAUAGCUGUUCGUGUGGUCUUAUUUAUAAUAUUUCUAAUACUUGAAGAUGCCAAGCCUUUUAUACGAGUCAUUCAUGAUGAGGAAAUGUGGCUGUACAAGAAUCCAAGGUCUGAAGACACUAUACCUACCCAUGCAAUGUUUAGUAUUGCAAUAAUCUUACCUACCAUUGUAAUAUGUGUGUUAACAACACUGAGAAAGGAUAAAGUGGAUGCAAGAGAAGCAUUAUUAGGUCUGUCUUUAAGCCUUGCACUAAAUGGAGUGAUAACAAACACUACGAAGAUCAUGGUUGGAAGACCAAGACCAGAUUAUUUUUGGAGAUGCUAUCCUAAUGGAGUACCAACCAAAGACUUGCAGUGUGAUGGUGACCCAGAUGUUAUUCUGGAAGGAAGAAAGAGCUUUCCAAGUGGACAUUCUUCAUGGGCAUUCAGUGGGCUGGCCUACUUAUCUCUGUAUUUAUGUGGCAAGCUUCAUUGUUUCCAUGGUCAUGGCAGAGGUCAAGGAUGGAGGCUUUGUGUUUCGCUUACACCUUUUCUAAGUGCAUUAGCCAUUGCACUGACAAGAUAUUCAGAUUAUAAACACCACUGGCAAGACAUCACAAUUGGUUCUUUUCUAGGUAUUGGUAUUGCUGUAAUAUGCUAUCGUCAGUACUAUCCAGCAAUUAACAAACCCCACUGUGACUUACCUUACUCUGCCUUCGCCCCCCUCAAACACAUCGACGAACAAGAUGGGCAUCCUGUUCUACCGCUCCUUGCAUCUGAUGCCAAUAAGAGCAACUUCCAUCCAGCCAUCACUAAACAUUUAUGACAGGAAUUUAGAUUCGCUGAAUUASCAGAGAAAUUUUAGCUGUGAACAGGUAGUUAUAAUAAGGUUAGUAAUUAAAACAGUGUAUGCCAUAGUUGAUUGAAUGCGAUAAKUAUUAUUGUCCAUAAAUCGACUCAUUAGAAUGGAAGCUAUUAUGUUUUGUGUCUAAAGGAGCAGGCGAAGCUCAGUUGGUUAGUUUAAGGCUUUUUGGAGCUUGAGGUUCACAGUUCGAUCCUCAUGAUCUCCACAUCUGUUAAGACUUCUCUCUAAUCUGUGUAGCUUCAGCUUUGAAUACUCUUAAAACAGAGCACUGAUGGACAGAGAGGGUAAAGUGCGCACCGUCGGCUUCCAUUGAUAGCAGUUGAAUUUCAACUGAAGGAACUACCGACGUUARAUAUAGRUAMUUUUACCUUUACCUUUUUGUCAGUGAGUUUGYAUCCGAUUGGCUAAUUUGCCUAACUUCAAAAUCAACAAAUAAUUAUAUUGAAAUAUAUAUGACUUCAGUGUGACCUUAAUAACUGCUCUUGGCAAAUGUUGCUUGACUGUAGAAAUUUAAAAUAUCACAAAUUGCRGGGGUUCGAUCAUCUGAUAAAAGGCUUUGAAUCUCAAUAUCUGCUCCAAAUGGUGGUCGAACACAGACCACCAUGUGCUGUCAGCCAGGAGGAAAAUAUCUAUUGAAAAGCAAAAGGAACUCAACUGAUGACCAUUCUGACACAUAAGACCAUGUCAAGUGAAACCCAGCAAUACCAAAAUGAACAAAUUAUUCUAAAAUAUUUAAUAUAUUAUGAUGACUAUGUCUGUAAUAUAUUGUACAUGUCAUCAAGUAACAUUUAUCUAUUGUUUGCCAGAGGAAAGUCAAAGUUAUGUUUAUCUAACUGGACGUAUAGAAAUGGGAAAAUGGGGAAAAUAUGAAAUUAUUAU